GCAGCACAUGACGGGGCGGGACAUCGUGUUGAAACGAGAACGGGGCGAGGGAGCCUUUGGGAAGGUCUUCCUAGCAGAGCGCUACAAACUCAGCCCGACCAAGGACAAGAUGCUCAUGGCCGUGAAGGCCCUGAAGGAUCCCACCCUGGCUGCCCGGAAGGACUUCCAGAGGGAGGCUGAGCUGCUCACCAACCUGCAGCACGAGCACAUCGUCAAGUUCUAUGGCGUGUGUGGCGACGGGGACCCCCUCAUCAUGGUGUUUGAGUACAUGAAGCACGGGGACCUGCACAAGUUCCUCAGGGCCCAUGGACCAGAAGCUAUGAUCCUCAUGGAUGGGCAGCCAUGCCAGGAGAAAGGCGAACUGGGGCUCUCCCAGAUGCUCCACAUCACCAGUCAGAUUGCGUCGGGCAGCACUUCGUGCACCAGGACCUGGCCAGCAGGAACUGCCUGGUCAGAGCCAAUCUGCUGGUGAAGAUCAGAGACUUCAGCAUGUCCAGAGAGGUCUACAGCACUGAUUACUACAGGAAAGAAUUUCCGCUUUGGUCAGGUGGCAGGAAACCUGAGCGAAGAUGCUGGUUUCCCCUGGUCCUGAGGAGACCUUGGAUAUCGGGAUGACGGCGGCCACAGCCCUUCCUACUGCCAGGGAUCAGU